AUCAUGAAAGGUCAAUAAUCCUUGUUAAUUAUUGGAAGGAUGAGAAAGGAAUUCCUCCUAGUUUUGUAAUUUAUAGCUACAGAUUUUGGUAAUAAAACCUCAAUCAGUACUCCUAGGAAGGAACAACGACAUAAACAUGAAGUUCCAUAAGGAGUACCUGGAUUUAAUUUUGGUCCCUUCAGGUUUGCUAAUCAUGUUUGCUUAUCACCUCUUCCUGCUUUACAAAUAUAUCAAUCAGCCUCACACCACAGUCAUGGGAUUUGAGAACAAUGACAAAAGAAUUUGGGUUGAAAGAAUUAUGCAGGCAGACAAAAGGGAUGUUAGCACGGCUCUGUCUGUAAUUCAAUCAAACACCACAGCUGCAACAUUCUUGGCCUCGGUCUCUUUGACUCUUAGUUCACUUAUUGGAGCUUGGGUUGCCAACACUUCCAACAUUUUCUUCCAGCGUGAAUUGAUCUAUGGUGACACUACACCAACAACCAUUACUAUCAAGUACAUUUGCCUGCUAACAUGCUUCCUUCUAGCUUUCUCAUGCUUUGUUCAAUCAGCAAGACACUUUGUUCAUGCAAACUAUUUGAUAAGCACUCCAGAUAGUUUUGUCCCUGUCAGUAGUGUGGAAAUAGCUGUCAUAAGGGGAGGUGAUUUCUGGUCACUUGGUCUUCGAGCCCUCUAUUUUGCUCUUGAUUUGUUACUUUGGUUCUUUGGACCAAUACCUAUGUUUAUUUCCUCACUGGCCAUGGUGCUUGUCCUCAAUUAUCUUGACUCUAAUGCAAGGCCAUUGCAUCCUAAUGUGUCUCAGGGAACCCAGAUUCAUAUGGCAAAGAGGGGCUUUAACUUGUGAAGAUGUACCCUAUCCUUUCAAGCAAGGACCUGGCAUUGGUUUAUAAUUUUUUAUUGAUCCGAUGUCACAAUAUUGAGAGACACAAAAAGAAAUAAAUGUGAUGAAAAGAAAAAAGAUAAAUGAAGAAUAGAGUAAAAGUGAAACGGAAAAGGAAGUAAAUAUAUAAGUUAAUUAUCUGCAUAGUACAAUACAAAAUUUGAAUAGGUGUUUAAUUAGAAACAUUAAGUAGUUAAAA